CCUCCGGCCAACGCCUUCCUCUGAAGAAACCCUGCUUGAACCGAGGACGGAGGGAGCCAAGAGGGCCAUGAUCCUGCCUGUGACCCACGUGCUAGCCUUCGGUGCUUGGCUGGUGGCACAGAGCAAGGCUACACCAAAUGCCCCCGCCAUCUCCAUCUUUCUGAAGCCGCCUGGGGUGAUCCCACCUGGAGGUUCCACCACCAUCUGCUGCAGUUGCCGGUGUGACAACGGGAACUUUGUGCUGUACCAGAAUGGCCAGCAGGUCCGUACCCUGGAGCUGCGUGGCAGCAGGGCUGAGUUCUCCAUCUCUAAUGCCACCCAAAAGGACGCAGGUGCCUACAGCUGCCAUUACCGGAAGGGAGACGCUGUGCUGGCUCGCAGUGAAACCCUGGAAAUCCAGGUGCAAGAGUUCCAUCUCCCCGAACCUGUCCUCUCUGUCCUGCCUGGCCACGAGGUGGAUGCGGGAGCAGAUGUGGUUUUCCGUUGCACCAUUGCACACCCCAAGGCUGGCUGUUUCCUCUACCUGGAGGGCCGGAUCCAAGGCUUCCCAUUUCUCUCAGGUGAACGAGAUUACAUCCUCUCCCACGUGCAUAAAGGCAAUGAGGGCCGCUACAGCUGCCAGUGCUUCACCAGGGGUGCUUUGUUUGAAUGGUCUGCUGUCAGCAAGACCCUGGAUUUGGCGGUGAGAGAUUACACCUGGAGCAACGUGGUGCGCCUGGCCCUGGGGGCCGGGGUCCUGGUCCUGCUGGGGAUGAUCGUGGCCGAGGCCAUGUGCAGCCACCAGCGCAGGACGGGACCCCCCUGA